CUCCCCUCUCCACACUCCUCCGCCGCCAUAAAUUUGCAACUCCCAGCUCGUCCGCUGCCGCUUUCUCUUCCGCAAUCUCGUCUCGGGCCGCAAGAUCCACCCCGUGCAAGUCGAGUUGCUGUUGACGCCAGCAGCCUCCUGCCGACAUGGCGCUUGUUUUGCAUUCCGGAAGCGGCAACAAGAAUGCCUUUAAGGCACUUAUUGCUGCAGAAUUCUGUGGUGUCAAGGUUGAACUCGCUAAGAACUUUGAGAUGGGUGUCUCAAACAAAACACCCGAAUUUAUCAAGAUGAAUCCCCUCGGGAAGGUUCCGGUUCUGGAGACUCCUGAUGGUGCUGUUUUUGAGAGCAAUGCUAUUGCACGCUAUGUUGCUCGCUCAAAGGGUGACAGCCCUCUAUUUGGAGGUUCUCUUAUUGAUUAUGCACAUGUUGAGCAGUGGAUGGACUUCUCUGCCACAGAGAUUGAUGGCAAUAUUGCUAGGUGGUUGUAUCCAAGACUUGGAUAUAUGCCUUAUGUGCCUGCAUCUGAGGAAAUCGGCAUUGCUGGAUUGAAGAGGUCGCUUGGUGCUUUGAACACACAUCUGGCCUCCACCACCUUUCUUGUUGGACAUUCUGUCACUCUAGCUGAUAUCACGAUGACAUGCAAUCUCUACCAUGGCUUUGCACGGCUCUUGACCAAGACUUUCACAUCUGAGUUCCCUCAUGUUGAGAGGUACUUCUGGACCAUGGUGAACCAGCCUAACUUCAAGAAGGUUAUUGGUGAGGUCAAGCAGGCAGAGGCUGUACCUCCUGUUCAGAAGAAGCCUGCUCCUGCUAAGGAGCCAAAGGCGAAGGAAGUUAAGGCUCCUAAGGAGGCCCCAAAGCCAGUGGUUGAUGCAGCAGAGGAAGAGGCACCAAAGCCAAAGCCCAAAAAUCCACUUGAUCUACUGCCACCGAGCAAGAUGGUACUUGAUGACUGGAAGAGGUUAUACUCAAACACAAAGACCAACUUCCGUGAGGUUGCCAUUAAAGGAUUCUGGGACAUGUAUGACCCAGAGGGUUACUCUCUCUGGUUCUGUGACUACAAAUACCAGGACGAGAACACUGUAUCAUACGUGACCCUGAACAAGGUUGGUGGGUUCCUGCAGCGGAUGGAUCUGUGCCGCAAAUAUGCAUUCGGCAAAAUGCUUGUCAUUGGCACUGAGGCGCCCUUCAAGGUCAAGGGACUCUGGCUCUUCCGUGGCCAAGACAUCCCCAAGUUUGUCAUGGACGAGGUCUACGACAUGGAGCUCUAUGAGUGGACCAAGGUUGACAUCUCCGACGAGGCCCAGAAGGAGCGUGUCAGCGCCAUGAUUGAGGACCUUGAGCCAUUUGAGGGCCAGGCCUUGCUGGACGCCAAGUGCUUCAAGUGAUCGGUGCAGUUCGAACAAGACAGAGGUGACAAAGAAUAUCUAGGACUUGAAUUCAGUGUUGAAACCAUUGAUGUUUUUUUUGGAAGAGUUUGCUUGUUACUUAUGCCUAUUUGACCUGGUGAACUGGUUAAAUUUUGUGAUAUGUCCGAGUUUUUGGGUAUCCGUUUAGCUGUGCUGCUGUGUUAUGGUAUGAGGAUUGAGGAUAAUGCAUUUGCAUCUGCAGUUUUCUGCUGUUACUCUGUAACAGUUAAAAGCUGGAAGUGCAACUUGA